AUGCGGUUCCUCAAGACCAUCGCUGUGAUUGUUGGGCUGGGCUCUUUGACGCCUACUUUGGUCGAUGCGCAGGGUGAAACCAAAAUCCACGAAGAGGGCCGUUGUGCUAUCCGUGGUCAUUGUGGGAAGCAAUCUAUCUUCGGUGGAGAAUUGCCCUGUCCUGAUAAUGACUUGGCACAACAACCAGAAGACGCAGUGCGCCAGAAACUAAUUGAUGCGCUUUCAAGUAACCUCAAGCUAGCCGAGGGAAUUAUCGCCUCCUGCCCCGCCUGCCGAGACAAUUUCUUCAAUACAUUCUGCACCUUUACAUGCUCUCCCGACCAGUCGCUUUUUAUCAAUAUCACCAAAACUGAGGAGCACAGCUCUGGCAAAAGACUUGUGACCGAGCUGGAUAAUGUUUGGUCCGAAGAAUACCAGAGCGGCUUCUUCGAUAGUUGCAAGAAUGUAAAGAAUGGUGCCUCGGGUGGAAAAGCCAUGGACUUCAUUGGCGGUGGCGCUCAGGACUAUACCCAUUUCAUGAAGUUUCUAGGUGAUAAGAAGUUUCUUGGAAGCCCCUUUCAGAUUAAUUAUCACACAGAGCCCAGUGGAUCUGACCCGCAGGGAAUGAAGGCGCUUUCAAUCAAGCCAAAGGCCUGCAAUGACGAAGACAAAUCAUUCCGAUGCUCUUGUGUCGACUGCCCGGAAGUGUGUCCGGAGUUGCCCGCCAUCUCUCCUCACAAGAUAUGUCAUGUAGGACUUCUACCGUGUCUGUCCUUUGCCGUUAUCCUCGUUUAUUCCAUCUUUCUGCUGUUUGUUAUGGCUCUCGCGAGCUACGUCACAUACAAAGAACGUCGGUUCCGCAAGCCAGAGCGGGUGCGCUUAUUGCAAGAUCCCACGCCCAGCGAUGACGAAGACGAAGGGGAAAUCAUGCACCGUGGAGGAUACAUGGAACGGCCACAGGGAGUGUAUAAACUCAAUUCUGUGCUGUCAGCCUUGUUUCAUCGCAUCGGUGGUACUUGUGCGCGGUUCCCAGCAAUCACAAUAUCUUCCAGCAUCAUCGGGGUGGCGCUACUGAGCCUAGGGUGGUUGAGCUUUACAGUUGAAACGGAUCCGGUACGACUCUGGGUGAGCCCGUCAUCUGCAGCCGCGCAGGAGAAGGAUUUCUUUGAUCGGAAUUUUGGUCCAUUCUACCGAGCCGAGCAGGUAUUUUUAGUAAAUGACCGCCCAGAGAACGACUCACGUCCCCUCUUGGACUAUGAAACCCUCACUUGGUGGUUUGAUGUUGAGUCUCGUGUCCAACGCGUGAUCUCGUUGGACCAGGGUCUCAACCUCGAUGACGUUUGUUUCAAGCCGACUGGAGAAGCCUGUGUCGUGCAAUCGGUUACUGGGUAUUUUGGCAGCUCAGUCUCAAAUCUUGAUCCAGAUACAUGGGAAGACCGGCUCAGCCACUGUACAGAGUCGCCUGGAGACCCUAGCUGCCUUCCUGGUUUCUCGCAGCCCCUGAGGCCCGAAAUGAUUCUUGGUGGAUAUGAAGAGACAGGGAAUGUGAUGGAUGCCAAGGCACUCAUUGUGACGUGGGUGGUGAAUAAUUACGCACAGGGUACAGAAGAAGAAGCAAAAGCCAUCGAUUGGGAAAACACUUUCCAGGCCGUUCUCGGGGUAGUCCAAGAAGAAGCUGCCGAGCGAGGCCUUCGCGUGUCUUUCAAUUCCGAGGUCAGUUUGGAACAGGAACUAAACAAGUCUACCAACACCGAUGCGAAGAUUGUUGUUAUCAGCUAUCUGAUCAUGUUUUUCUAUGCCUCGAUGGCCCUGGGCUCGGUCACAGUUACCUGGAGGUCUCUGCUGACCAACCCUUCCAAUGCUCUUGUGCAAUCUAAAUUUACGCUGGGGAUUGUCGGAAUCGUCAUUGUUUUGAUGUCUGUCUCCGCAUCAGUCGGCCUGUUCUCGGCAGCAGGCGUCAAGGUAACCUUGAUCAUUGCUGAAGUUAUUCCAUUCUUGGUCCUGGCAGUGGGAGUAGACAACAUUUUCUUGAUCGUCCACGAAUUCGAGCGAGUCAACAUCAGCCAUCCUGACGAAGAGAUCGACGAGCGAGUUGCCCGGGCAGUCAGUCGAAUUGGACCUAGCAUCUUCCUGUCUGCUUUGACGGAAACAGUGGCCUUUGCCCUGGGUGUCUUUGUCGGCAUGCCUGCUGUCAAGAAUUUUGCCGCUUAUGCCGCCGGUGCAGUCUUCAUCAACGCGAUUCUGCAAAUUACCAUGUUCAUCUCCGUCUUGGCUCUGAACCAGAGACGCGUCCAGAGUCUCCGUGCAGAUUGUGUCCCUUGUCUAACCGUCCGGAAAGCAAACUCGUUCGGCUUUCCUGAGGAAAAUUACGACGGACAGGAGGUAGAGAGUACUUUGCAAGCCUUCAUCCGUAGGGUCUACGCGCCUUUCCUCCUAGAUCGGCGGGUGAAAGCAGGUGUUGUUAUAUUUUUCUUGGGUCUUUUCACUGCUGGUCUGGCCUUCAUCCCAGAGGUUCCUCUCGGGUUAGAUCAACGAAUUGCGCUUCCUAGCGACUCAUACCUGAUUUCAUAUUUCAAUGACUUGGAUUCAUACUUUGGGGCGGGGCCUCCGGUCUACUUUGUGACCCGGAAUGUGAAUGUUACCGAGCGAAGCCACCAGCAGCAGCUCUGUGGAAGGUUCACCACUUGCGAUGAAUAUUCACUGCCCUUCAUCCUCGAGCAAGAGUCUAAGCGCCCGGAUGUGUCUUAUCUUGCAGGCUCUGCCGCCAGCUGGAUUGAUGAUUUCUUCUAUUGGAUCGUGUUCCUGCCUGGAAUAUCUCUCUUUCGGGGAUGCCGCAAGGAUCUGAAUUUGUGCAUUAUGCCAAAAAAUGGGAUCGAUGCUCCCACUGAUGCCUCUUGUCCCCUUGGUGGCAAAGCACCCUACAGCAAUGCCUUGGUCAUUGACGACAAAUAUAAAACGAUCAAUGCCAGCCAUUUCCGUACUAGUCACACCCCUCUUCGGGGCCAGGAUGAAUUCAUCGAGGCAUAUAUUGCAGCUCGUCGGAUUGCAGAUGGCAUCUCACAGGAGCACAAUAUUGAUGUCUUCCCAUAUUCCAAGUUUUACAUCUUCUUCGAUCAAUAUGUCUCUAUUGUGCGACUUACUGGUACCCUUCUUGGGUCGGCUGUGGCUAUCAUCUUCGUCUUGACCUCUGUGAUACUGGGGUCUAUAGCCACGGGCGCCGUCGUCACCGCCACUGUGGUUAUGAUAGUGGUUGAUAUCAUUGGCACCAUGGCGAUCGUUGGCGUUUCCUUGAAUGCCAUCUCUCUUGUCAAUCUGGUCAUUUGUGUGGGCAUCGGUGUUGAGUUCUGUGCUCACAUUGCCCGAGCCUUCAUGUUCCCCGCUCGACCUAUUAUGGAGAAGGUGCCCGCCGAGUUCCGUGGUAAGGAUGCUCGAGCAUGGGCGGCCUUGAUCAAUGUUGGUGGAAGUGUCUUUAGUGGCAUCACCGUGACAAAGCUGUUAGGAGUUUGUGUUCUGGCGUUUACUCGAAGUAAGAUCUUCGAGAUCUACUAUUUCCGGGUGUGGUUGGCCCUGGUAGUUUUUGCUGCUACGCAUGCUCUCAUAUUCUUACCAGUAGCCCUCAGCUACUUUGGCGGUGGUGGUUACUUUGACCCUGCGUCUGACGGUGGACUAGAGGCCAAUCUCGCUUCACGUGGCUACCGCUCGUCGCUCAUCCAUGAAGAUUAUGAUUCUGAUGAAUAUUAA